AUGUUCACCCAAGCAAGCCCUCUCAGGCGCUUGUCGUCGUUCGUAGGCAUUUCUGUUCACAGUUCACUCCCUCAGAUCGACAGGCUCCAGUUCUCGCGCGUCCAAUGCCGUCGCUGGCAGACAACCACUAGUGCUGCAGCCGAGCCUCCACCAGCAGGCGGUCACCUCUCCUCCGUAGCGUCAUCCCAGUUCCUCUGUACAACGCGUGAUUCUGCAUUGCGCACUCCGGGCAUUACCUGGGCAGAUGAAGAUACCCAUCCCUCUUCCCCACAGAACGUCAUCGGUGGCAGAGAAACGAGAAAGAUGAACAUGUACCAAGCCAUCAGGGAUGCACUCAGGCCAGAUGACACCGCAGUCGUAUUCGGAGAGGACGUUGCAUUCGGAGGUGUUUUCCGGUGUACGAUGGGUCUUGCAGAAGAGUUUGGACGCGAGCGCGUGUUUAAUACCCCCCUGACCGAGCAGGGCAUCGCUGGCUUUGGUAUCGGGUUGGCAUCUAUGGGCCAUACCGCGAUCGCCGAGAUACAGUUUGCAGACUACAUCUUUCCUGCGUUUGACCAGAUCGUAAACGAGGCAGCCAAAUACCACUAUCGUGCUGGAGGACAGUUCUCCAUUGGUGGGCUCACCAUCCGGACACCCACCAUGGCGGUCGGACAUGGCGGCUUGUACCACUCGCAAAGUCCGGAGGGAUUCUUCCUAGGAGCAUCUGGUAUCAAGAUCGUAAUUCCUCGAUCACCCGUUCAGUGCAAGGGUCUACUUCUUACUUCUAUCCGCGACCCGAAUCCGGUUCUAUUCAUGGAACCCAAGAUUCUGUACCGUUCAGCAGGCGAACCUCGUCAUCAGUUCGAGCAGGUUCCGAUUGACGACUUUAAGUUGCCGCUCUCUCGUGCAGAAACUCUCCUGCCAGGCUCUGACCUUACGCUCCUCACGUGGGGAACCCCCGUUUACCACUGCGAAUCUGCCAUCUCGUUACUCCGUUCUCCCCCACCCGCCCUCGAACCACUCGUACCUCCUUCGUUGCGUUCCGCCGCAGUGGAAUUGAUUGACCUACGUACCAUUCUCCCAUGGGACGUUGAAACGAUCGUGGAGAGCGUUAAGCGCACUAGGAGGCUUGUUAUUGUCCACGAAGCUGGCAUGACAGGUGGUGUCGGUGCAGAAAUCGCCGCUGAGGUUCAGAAGAGGGCGUUCUUGAGACUCGAAGCACCCAUCAGGCGCAUCACAGGUUGGGAUGUCCCGGCAGCUUUGCAGUACGAGAAGUUCAAUAUGCCCGACCCGAUACGCAUAUUGGAUGGAAUUAUGGAGACGCUAACAUACUAG